GCUCUUCGUGGUGACUGUCUAUCGCGGGAAGAAGCAGUAGUUGCCUGCCUGGAACUUUUCUCGGUUUUUCCGUUUAAAACAGUCGUGGGUGUGAAAAUCCUGCAGUGAUAUAGUUCUCAAGUCAGUUGAGGACUUAAAGCAAACGUACCCAUUAAAUAAAUCUAAAUAAAAGCACCAGUUUGCCCGCUAACAUGUCGGAAAGAUCCAAAGGUGACGUGUCCGCUCGCAUAAACAACAAUGCAAACGCGACGCGUGUCGUUAAAAAUCCCCUUUUGAGCGCCUCGGUGACCGGCCUGAGUUUUGAUGACUUCCCAAACAAGCCGCAGCUGCUGCCUGCUGCACCGCCCGUGGUCCAUGCCACGCCCCCUGCGCCCACGCCCGUCCUCAUCGCUGGCAUCUUGAACCGCGAACCGAAAACUUUGGUUACCGUAGGCCAGCCAUCGAGCAUUGACGACAGCGAAGCCCUCGACGAGAUUAACUUGAACACCAGCAGCGAGGAUUCCACUGGCGCCGGAGGAUCGAGUCCAUAUCAAGGUGCUGGCGAUCUGAACGCCAAUCCUCUGUUGGAACCACUUCAGGAGCAAGGCAACGAUUCCUUGUUGAGCCAGGCGGCCUCCUCGUUUACCGCCCUGCCAUCGGUGGCCUCCAAUGUGUUCUCCACCUUCUCGAAACGAAUCUACGCCGGCAGCAGGGAGUCCUCCGAGGAGCCCAAGUUGGACAUUCAGCCCACUUACAUUCAGCAGGCCAGCUACGCUCCUCCAGUAGCUCCUAUACCAGCUCCAUUUUACGCAGCUCCUCCAGUGGCCGCCAAUGAAGUGGUCGCCCCCGAACCACCCAAGUUCUACGCACCCACUGAGGUGCCGCCAACGAACGUAGGAGUCCCUGGACCAACAUCAGGUGCAGGAAAUCCCAAUACCUAUCGAUUCACCGCUAGAAAGAAGCUAUACGCUCCCAUUCCCGGUCUCUCGGAGCAGUCUGGACAGGCUUCUCAGUAUCCACAGGCUCCGCAAGCAGCUCCAUUACCGUUCCAAACGCCACCAUAUCCACCUCAGCCAACACCCGCUGUAGCUCCGAACCCUUCAGCCUUCGACAUAUCAGCUCAGUCGGCUCCCAUUCCCACAGAGGAACGUAAGUCGGGAGGAGGACUCUUCUCGCUGACGAGUCUCGUGCCCACGGGAGUUCUGCAAAACAUCUCGGGACUCGUGCAGUCCGCCACUGGUCGAAGCAGUGAGCCAGAGCAAGUGAAUCCUCCACAAACGGGAGGUUACUUUGAUAUUUCAACAGGACCAUCAGCUCCUGCGACCAACUAUUUCGGAGGUCCAAAUCCAGCACCGCCGACAGGAGGUAACUUCUUCGUACCAGGAGCCACUCCAUCUUUGCCCGCACCCGAGGUAGCAGCUCCUCCUUCUGUAGGAAGUUUCUUUGCGCCAUCAGUUCCGUUGCCUGUGGCUCCACCAUCCGGAGCAGCAUUACCAUCAGCCGCACCACCAACUGCAGGAGGAUUCUUUGCUCCAGCAGCGACUUCAGUCGCUCCAGGAAUACCAACUCCAGUACCUUCUGUUUUCACGCCAGGAUUAGUUCCACCUGUGGCCACACAAGAGGUUCCACCAGCAAACCUUCCUCCAGCAUCGGCAGUAGGAGGUUUCUUCAAUCCAGCAGCUGUUCCACCUGUUGCCACUCAAGCUGUUCCACCAAAACCUGAAGCUACAUUAGGAGAACAACCAGAUAUCCUUCCUCCAACAUCUUCAGUAGGAGGAUUCUUUAAUCCAGGAGCGGUUCCGCCUGUACCAGCAACCGCAUCAGCAGUACCAGAAGCAAAUCUACCUGCAACUUCAUCGCCAGGAGGAUUCUUUACACCAGCAUCGGUUCCACCAGUUCCAGCACAAGCUGUUCCCCUAAUACCUGCAGCCACAUCAGCAGUACCACCAGCAAAUCUCCCACCAACAUCCGCAGUGGGAGGUUUCUUCACUCCAGCAGCUGUUCUACCUGUUGCUCCAACAGCUACAAAUCCGAAUCCCCUACCAGGAGCUCCGCCCGUGGCAGCUGUACCACCACCGGCCGCUGGACAGGCAUCGUAUCGCCUGCAAAAGGGCACUCGUCUCUACAGGAGUCCAUUGACUGCGCAGGAAACAGCAGCAUCUACUGGCUUCGCCGCUCCUUUGCCACCCACAUCGGCACCUGCGGCUAUUUUCAAUCCAUUCGGAGCAACUGUUCCAGGAGGUUUUAGUUCAGGAAGUCAACCAGAUAACCAGAACAGCCAAGGGGUCCCACUCUUUGUGCCUGCCUUCACUCCGGCUGUACCACCAACAGGUCAGACACCGGAAAUCGGACAAGGAUUCUCUGCUCCACCAUUAGGUUUUGCUGCAGGGGUUGCUCCUCCGCCACCAGCAUCUAUUGCUCCACCAACAGCAGCAACUACUGCAAGUUUUGCUCCUCCAACUUCAGCAUCUACUGCAAGUUUUGUUCCACCGCCAGCAGCAUCAAUUGCUAGUGUUGCUCCGCCACCAGCAGCAUCAAUUGCUCCUCCGCCAGCAACAUCAAUUGCUCCUCCUCCAGUAGCAACUAUUCCAGGUGUUGCUCCUCCAUCUGCACAGUCUUUUGCUCCACCACCAGCAUCAUCUAUUGCUCCUCCACCAGCAGCAUCUUUUGCUCCUCCACCAGCAGCAUCUAUUGCUCCUCCACUAGCAGCAUCUAUUGCUCCUCCAGCAGCAGCAUAUAUUGCUCCUCCACCAGCAGCAUCUAUUGCUAAUAUUCCUCAAGCAGCAAAUAUUGCAAGUGUACCACUCUUCGCUGCACCACCAACAUUCUCCACGGGCAUUCCCUUCUUUAAUCCGCAACCAACAGAGCAAGAAGUAGCAACUGCUUUGAUCCAAAAGGAAACUCCAGCAAGUUCCUUCUUUGCUCCCCAAUCAUCGGCAGAGACUUCUCUGCUUGAAAAGAGUACUUCAAGUGCUGCUUCGGAAAUUGAAAAAGUGGUUCAAGAGCCGUCAUCCAACCAAGGAAUUCCGUUCUUUGCAGCUCCACCUCCAGCCACAGCAGGAAUUAAUCUAUUUACACCACAAUUCAAUCAAGAGGAACCGGCAAUAAAAGAGGAACCUGAGCAGGCACAAACUCAAGAAACAUCUUUGAUUGCAGCACCAAAAGAAACUACUGAAACUGCAGCCAGCGAAAAUACAUUAUUUGGCCCUGGAGUAAUUGAACCUGUUGUAGAAGAUACUCCAAAGACAAGUGAACCAGAAGCAGAAGGAACUCCAUCUGCGCCUGAGGAGGAAGAAACCCCAUUAUUCGUGCCAGUUCCACCUUCAUCUGGACAAAGCCAAGGCGUACCACUGUAUCCACCGCUGCCAACAGGAUCCACCAACGCAAGCGAGCUUUUUGCUCCUCCGCCAGUAGCUUCAAGUGCUUCAUUGUUUGCUACUGAACCUGCGACAUCUACGGUUUCCUCAUUUUUUGCACCUUCUCAAGAGGAUUCUACCACCUCGUUAUUCGCUCCGCCACCAGCUGCAAUAUUCAAUCCGCUGUUUGCUCCUCUACCAGCAAGCCAAUCCGCUCCAGAACCGACUCCGGCAACACCUUCCGAGUUAGUGGAUGCUCCACCUGGUUUUCUUGGAACCCCAGAAGCCCUCACUCAUAAUCAGUUCCAGAGUAACUCCGAUACCCAAACGGUUUUCAGUCCGUUUGCACAAACAAAAUCAACACCUUUGAUUCAGGAAACUGGGCAGGAAUUAGUGCCACCUCCCAUUGGAUUUUUUGCCCAGCCAACGGAAGACGAAGCAGCGAACCACCCGCCACUUGCUCCCUCACCGCUGCAGAGCUUCUUCAGCGCAGCACCACCAGCAACUGCAUCCGCGGACUUUAAUUUCUUUGCGAAUCCAGCACCAAGCAGUGUAUUUCCGGACUUGCCAGUUCAGCAGGGAAUUGCACCACCACCGUUGGCACAGGAGAAACCUCCACAGGCCGGUGACUUAAGUACUGCCUCAGCUCCUCUGGGAUUCGAACAGCUGAACCAAUCCCAGCAAGCGCAAGAGCAAACGGCAAGUCAGCCCGAAAAUUCGUAUCCAAAUUCAAGUGUCAACUCUUUCACCGGCUUUUUUGGGGGCCACGGUGCCGCUCCACCGGCACCAGUUGCAGCUGAACCUGCUCCACUGACCAACAGCGAUCAGGUCAACUUUUUCGACCAGGUGCCCCAGCCUCAAACUCAGUCGCAAAUUCCAGAAGCCAACGAGGAUCAGCGUAUUCAGAACUUCUUCAACAAUCCACCGCUGCAGGAUCAACCAGCUGCACCGGGUGAACUCAAAUACGACAUCGUUCACAGCGGAGUGGCUGUGAAGCAACUGCAGGAGCGUUCGCAAACUCCCAUCUCGAAUCUUGUCGAGCCGCCGUCGUCCGCCUGCUCCGAGUUCUCAACAAUCGCUCCAGUUCCUCCCCCAAGCGAUCGUCAACCGGGCGAGGAUCUACUUCAACAGCAUCUGGGAGAGUUGCCCGAGGAGAUUCUCAGAGAGCUCAGGAUGGCCAGUGCCAGCAGCGAAAAGGUGGCGACACCUCCAGUCGCUAUUGCUUAUUCACCAGUGGUUGUCCAUUGGUUCUACAAACGAAGCGUAGAUGCAAAGUUCAUCUGGACACCAUUCAGUCACUAUGAUUCAGCGCUGCUGGAAACCAGUCUCAACCUAGACGAUUCUUCAUUGAUAAUUCCCGUCGAGGGUGGUCGCUACGAUGUGAACAUCAAGGAGCGUACCAAGACACCCGUUUACUGGGAGGGAAAGGCCAUCGAAGUGAGGCGCUGCUCUUGGUUCUACAAGGGAGUGGACUCCAAGUACGUGCCUUACACAGAGGAUACGGCCGCCCUGCUGGAAGCGGAAUACAAACGAUCGGCGGAGACUGGCGAGUGGCACCAGAAGAUCAUGCUGGCCAAUGGCGAGCAGGUGGUCUUCCAUGGACCCACCGUCAUCGUGCACUUCCUGCCGCAACAGAAUGCCGACACCUGGGGAGCCAGCACGCAGAGCUCCAUGCGACCGCGAGUGGUCAAGAGGGAUCUGGAUGAUUUCACCAUUGAACAGGGCGAAUCGCAGCGCGUGGAUCACCUGCUUUUCAUGGUCCAUGGCAUUGGAUCGGCCUGCGAUUUGAAAAUGCGUUCGGUGGAGGAAGUUGUUGAUGACUUCCGAUAUAUUGCCCAGCAACUGGUGCAGUCACACUACAAAAACUCCACCGACAUGGGACUGGUGGGUCGCGUUGAAGUCUUGCCCAUCUCCUGGCACGGUCACCUGCACUCCGAGGAAAUGGGCAUCGACGAAAAGCUCAAGUCCAUUACUCUGGAAUCGAUUCCACGCCUGCGAAACUUCACCAACGACACGCUGCUGGACGUGCUCUUCUACACAAGUCCAAAGUACUGCCAGAAGAUCAUGAACACGGUGGCCGAUGAACUUAACGAUGUCUACCUUAAGUACCGAAUGCGUCAUCCGGAAUUCAAUGGAGGAGUCUCGCUGGCAGGACACAGUUUGGGCUCCCUCAUCCUGUUCGAUCUGUUGUGCCAUCAGGAGCCGCUGAAAGAAAGCGAGGAGGAAAAUAAAGAGAAUCCCGACCAACUGCCGCACAAACAAGCCAGUCAGAAGGUUCAGCUGCCAACCAGCGACCUUCUGCCCAAGCAGGUCAGCUAUGCGAUGGGACAGGAGGGCACUGGUCAACCGGUGAUCACCUACACGCAGCUGAUUUUCCAUCCGAAGAAGUUCUUCGCCUUGGGCUCGCCCAUCGGAAUGUUUGUAACCAUCCGAGGAAUUGAUAAGCUGGGACUCGACUUCCACCUGCCCACGUGUCCGGGCUUCUACAACAUAUUCCAUCCCUUCGAUCCGGUGGCCUAUCGCAUCGAAGCCCUCGUCAACCCGGACAUGAAUGGCAUUCGGCCUGUGUUGAUUCCACACCACAAGGGACGCAAGCGAAUGCACCUGGAACUAAAAGAGACCAUGACACGAGUGGGUGCGGACAUCAAGCAGCGGUUCAUGGACACAUUCAAGACCACGCUGGACAGUGUAAAUUUCUUGGCCACGGUGACGAAGGUGAAAAAGGAAGCCGAGGAGUCGCUUGAGAAGGAAGCUAGCCAGACCUCUUCGCAGGCUUUACAAAAGCAAACUGAAUAUCAGGAGGAGAGCUCUGUGGCCAGUUCAUCCUACAAACUCAGAAACCGCAGCGAUUCAAAUUCAACCACAACUUCCGAUCCGGAGUUCAUAGAACUCGAUUUCCCGCUGGGCAAGCUUAACGACUCGAAGCGAGUGGACUAUGUGCUUCAAGAAGCGCCUCUGGAGUUCAUCAACGAAUACAUUUUCGCCCUGAGCAGUCAUGUGUGUUACUGGGGCUCUGAGGAUACGAUUCUGUUCGUGAUGAAGGAAAUCUACGCCAGUUUGGGCAUCAGUACCGACAGCCAGGUGCCGCAAUCCUCCAUGACCAUUGAGCGACCCGUUUCACAUGAGAGCAGUGUCAGCCAAUCGCUGUUGCCGAUAUAUGUUAUUUGUUAGCCAAAUCAUACAAAGAAUUUUCCAUAUGUGCAACUCUAACGUGGUUAAUGGUAUUAUCAAAGUAAGAAGUCUUUAUCGUUUGAGCGACUAAUCCGUUGCAAGUUCUCGAGCUUUACAAAUUGACCUAAAUAUCUACCGGAUGGGCACUUCGAGUGCUGUUUGUUAUUUUUGUAAUAUCGCCUGUGUAAUUGAAUUUGUAACAUUUAUGCUUAACAAAGUGUAUGUCUAAAAACUUUUAAAAUAAAUAAAAUAAUCAUUGUUUUCAAA